AUGGCCUCGUCAACAUCGUCAACAUCACCUACGCCGCCGCCACCGCCGCAUCCUAGCGACGGCUUCAACACGCUGCGCUUCUGCGUCGGUGUCUAUAUUCCUAACGACGAAGAUGACGACAGCAACGAUGGGGACCGCCCUGACGACUCCUCCGACUUCGCUACCCAGACUGUCGAGCUCUGCUUCCACGACACUUUUAUCCCUCGUCCCGACCAACCUUUGUCCCUCCACCUCUCUGGCGCCGGCUCCGACCUGACCGUCAUUCGUUACCACCCGCCGCCGACCCUUUCGAUCCCGACACCGCCCUGCUUCAUCGUCGAGUGUCACGGCCUCGUCCGCCUCGUGCCCCCGACCUCCGCUGCGGCAUCUUCCUCGGCCUCGCCUCUUGCCUUUCUGUCUCCCGCUCCACUGUCUAUUCCAUCGAGGCCAUCGUGGUGCCGCCCCCCGUUUCUCUUCUCGGCUGUCGUGGCCGUCCUGUCCAUCGUCUUGUUCGUCUUCCGAGCUCCAUGUCACCCUCGAUCAAGCAGCGAAACCUGCGGCAUAACCAACUCCUCCCAUUUCGAUGCCACAAACGCGAUUCACGAUGCAACACAUCUCACUUUGCCGACUGACCUCCUGGAAAUCGCCGACGCAUGGGCUCGCAUCCCCCUCCGGCUCGCAACCCUCGACCGUCUUGACUCUUCCGACAACGACCCUGACGCCGCCCUCCUCGCUGGUCUUUCCAGGGACGCCGCCCUUCGCGAUACGCGUGAGGUCGCCCGAACAGUCUUCCGCGCCAUCAUUUCCCCACCAUCGACCCGCGAUGCCAGCAGUGCCCCGACCGGAAACCACCACACCGACGCAGCCCGCUUCCGGCACUCCUCCUUGACAGACUCCGUCGCUGCUGCGGUAGCAUCCUGGCGUGAGGUGGCCGACGAGAUCAAAGUCGCCUGGAGUCGGCCGCUCACCCGCGACGCAUCGGAACUGCGCCGCCUCCUCCAUACCAUACCCAUCGUCGACGAUGCAGACGCCCUCUUCUUCCACACAGAAGGGGGCGGCAAUAUCGCAAGUCUCGACCGCCGUCUCCUCCCUGUCGUCGACGGAAAGUUGCGCCUCGCUGUGUCGCCUGCCGCUGGCCGCGUGCUCGACGUCUACUUGGACAGCUUCGCGGAGAGCAUUUCGCAGAGUAGAGAGUGCGCCUUCUUCCGCGCCUGUACGCACCCGCCGCCACCGCCGGAUCGACUGCACCCUGUAUGCCAGAUGCCUCCGCUCCCUCUCGACCACUCCAUCGUUUUCCUCGAGGGUUGGGAUCAGUCCCGCCGCCAGUCGCUGGCCAACCGCACCCAGACCACCGCCGUCGACCAUGAUCUCCUCGAUGAACCGCCCCUCGUCGCAUUGGCUCGCCAUCUCACCGCCCUCGGCAGCAGGGUCGACGACCUCAUCACCAUGGCCACCUCGCUCGGGGCGAACAAAACCAAGAUCUACAACAAGAGAGGCAUGGGGGACUGGGCCCGCGGAUACUUCCAAAGGCCGCGGCUGCCCGAGGAUAACGAGAGCGCCAGCAACUCCAAUACUUCCGCGGCCAUCGCAGCCGAACGCCUCCGCGGUCUCCGCAUCUCAUCCAUCCACCCCCAGGAAACAUCCGCCGUCAUGGCCGUAGUCGCCGCUCGCGACGCCUGCACGCGCCUGGAAGAAUUGCGUGACACUGCCUUCCGGCUGCGGGGCGGCGAGGGGUGGGUGCGGAUCGCGAUGCACACCGACACGCGCGUGACGCACGCGCAGCUUCCCCGACCCAAGGUCCUCGCCGAGGCCGCCGACGCGUUGGCGGCGAGGGUCGAGGCGGAUGGGCAUCAGUUGACGGAGGGCUUGUAUCGUCUGAUGGCCGCGCAGAGGAGCGAUUGGUGGCGGGUUGGCGGUGCGGAAGAUGCCGACUCCAACGGUUAG